AUGGCUUUCAAAAACGUGAUUUUUCUACUGGCGGUUUUAUGCAUUGCACUGUCUGCAAAUGCUCAAUUACCACAAUUUCCGGCACCGUUUCCUUUUCCAUUUCCAUUCCUACCGAGUCCCGGUGUACCAGGAUUACCUGAUAUAACAAAAUGUUUGUCAUCUUUUAUGAAUAUUCCAGGGUGUAUCGCAGAGUUUUGGCCGGUGGCAAAUCCACUGCGCAAGUUCGUAAACAUAGGUCCUGCUUGUUGCAAAGCAAUUUUGGAAGCUGAAACCAAUUGCAUUCUACAACUUCCAUUCAAUCCAUUUUUUCCUCCUAUGCUAAAGGAACAGUGUUCAAAAACUGUUGGCGCACUUCCUCCUACCAAAAAGUAGAAUUUAAUUACAAAUAAUGUUAAC